UAACACCGUUCAGGACCUCUUUUGUUGGACCUUUUAAUAGGUUCCUCCGUCCAGCACACGGGUCGGCCCGCGAAGCCGUAAGGCUUCCGCGCCUAACUCGUCAAGGAGUUUUGUCGUCCUUUUCCGGACAGAUCCUCAGGCAGAUCGCCUUAAUCGUUAAGGAGGAUUUCCCCUCUCGGCCGUCCAAGGUGGCCAUGCCACGGCCGGUCGAUUGCGCCCACGAGGGAAGACGCCAGUGAUCCCCCCCCCCCCCCAGCAACGCCCGCUGGUCCCGUCGGCCGAGUACCGGCCCCGCUCGCCUUGCCAUCCGGCGAGUAUUCCGGCCGCACAGCUCGACAGGAGUCGCUGUGUCGGCCAUCGACACCACCUUCAAGCAACAGCGGUAUGUACCGGUACAAGCGUUAGAAUAGGAAACACAUUAACAAAUUUACACUAAAUUAUUAUUACACAGAACAACACGCACACGCCACAAUUAGGGUUUUAAUAAAUUAUAUACUAGAAAAGUGAAAGAUCUGUUUGUAGUUUUUGUAUCGCGAAAAGCCCUUGAUUACCCGGUAGCUAGCCGACCCUGGGAUUGCCGGAGAGAUCUUGUGUCCUGAGUCGGCCCGGCACUGAUAAAUUACCGAUUAGUUUCACUUGGCACCCAGCCAAAAGUCCGCGAAAGGUAAUCAAGGGACCGAAGUAGCAUACAAAAAUCUAACGAUUUUUGCCGACGGGAGGUGGCAGGGAUACGUGCUUGCACGUAUGUCUCGCCCCUUACGCACUAUUCUAAACUUUAGGUGAUAAAUCUGUGAUUAAUCGAAGUUUUUGCCUUCAAAAGAGGUCCUGAACACACAUAGGACACAUUUGCUUUUGAUUGUCGUUUUUCCCGUUCAAAAAUUCGUCGAUGUUGGCAAAUGUUGUUUUUUCGCGUUUCGAUUUUAUGUUUCAUGUCCAUGUAUCAUAAUUGAACUUUACUGUACCUACUUGUCCAAUCAAUCAUGACAACAAUAGCGCACUAUUUAUUUUAACCCGUUUGUUUUGGUCCAUCAAUAUGUUUUACGAUUUUAUUUUCACCCACAACACACACCACUGAUUCUCAUACACAAUGACUCGUAAGCGACGAGCAAAGGCUGAAGCCAAUUAUAAACCAAUCAAUUGGCAGCCGUCGACGUACGAUGCGGACGAGUCGGACUUGGAGGACUCUUUCGAGAUGCCUCGUCCGUUGCUCUCGACGCAUCCUAACUACCCGCUAGAGGAGUUAGAGCUGGACCUCGAAGAAACUUUGCAUACCAUCAGGGAGCAAAGGACUUCGGGGGUGAUGAUGCCAGCAGACGUCGGUAAAAUUAAACGUAUCAUAUACCUAUUCAUGCGUGACAUGAACAUCGUCACAUGCGAUGUAAAUUCUCGCUAUUUGUCCCCCAGCGCGACUUGCGAAUACAGGGCGCCGGAAUCAGAACCAGAGGAAGAGAUCGAGUUGAUCAUCCCUAGUUCCGAUUCCGAAGACUUAGAAAUGUCCUUCAGCGAGCCCGAAUAUGAUUCGGAAGACCAACUUCAGGUCGAAAAGGGAACGAAAAGGAGCCCUGUGUCACGCUACUCUUCUGGUUAUUUCUCUCCCGAUUUUGACGCCAGUAAGUCGGUGCUUCAAUCUUCCAAAAUUCUCCGAGACUUACCUGGUGUAGCUUUCCAAUCUUCAAAGCAACAAACUUCGAACCCCGAAUCCCUAAGAAAGCAGACCCGAUCGUUCAAGAUCCGGAAAAAGGCCAACCUAAAUCUUCGAGCGGAACCUACGGCCAAAGAACUGUGCAGCGAACCUACUUCGAUAUUGGAAACCUACUCUUCAACGAAAAAUCCCAGUUCCGAACGCACACCUGGAACCUUGCCUGGAACCCACCAGAAAAGAUUUUCAUUCAAUAGAAAGAAGACAAAACAACUCAGAAUUAAAUUUUUAUAAAUCAUUUAUUUAUCUUUUCUUUUUAAAUUCCACUUUUCGGCAGUUUGCCGGUGAUCCAACGGUGCGCGGGAAUAACGAGUUGUGUCCCCGAUCGUCUGAUGGUGAACACCGCUGAAAAUGGAUCUGGAAAGAAAGAGAAACCAAGAAUGUUAACAAUUUAAUUACACCGAAGGACUAUGGAAUUGUUAGUCGAUUGUGUUAGUUGUUAUGAGAAUCGUUAGCAGUUAGUCCUAGAUUAGUCGGACCGACGGAUGAAAGACUCCGAGCGGUCGUUACGAAAGGCUAACAUGCAAGAGAAAAUAGAUCCAACUUACCUUGAUUUAUUUCGGGGAUCCAUAUCAGGGCUGGCAAGACCGGUGGAAGGUGCGAGGGGUGAUAAUUUACCCUCACUUCCCCACCUGCGGAGCGCCUGAGAGGGGAUCGCCCACUGAACUUAUUGGCCAAAGUCUAAAAUAAACAUCAAUCACCUGAGAUGGGUUGAUUAUUUCACAGUGUACACUGAACUUACCUGAGUUCAUCUUGCUCCGCCAAGAUGGUCAUCAAGGUCCCGGGACCAUUAUGGGUGUUGCUAUCGACCAAUCUUCCUCGGGAAGAUUGGCACCGAAUAGCCCAACAACCCCGAAUGAAUGAAUUUCAUUCACCUGAAAAGACGAAAUUACAUACGAAGGUCAGUCUUCGGUAUGUUUUACUAUUGUACGUACUACUUACCAAUACAUUUAUACCGAAAAAGGCCACUUUUUACUUCAUCACUUUUUGAUAAAUCUUCGCAACUGCACAGCAUAAAGUAAACAUAAAUGAAACAGAACAAUAGAGAUGCUGUGUCAGUGUACUUUGACAGAUUCAUGACAUUUCGCAAACUGCCACUGUCACCAUGGUGUCAAACAGUUUGCCCGCCGGCGAAUCAAUCCCGCCAGGGGAUUCGGCCGUGCUGAUCGAAUGUGAUCUAUGUGUUGUAAAUAUUUGUAAAUAGGGUUGUAAAAUUGUUUUUGUUGCGCAACGUGUAAAUAGAGUUGUCUACCCAUAAUUCGGGAUAUUUUAUAAGAUUUUUAAAUUAUUGUGUACAUAUUUUGCAUGUUUUAAUUUAUUUCAUUUUAUGAUUUUAAUUUGUUUAUUUGUGCACGUACGUAGAGAAUAUUUUAGCAUGUUUUAGUAUUUAUAUUUUUAAUUUGUUGUAAAGUUCUGUUAUGAUAUCGCGCGAUAGUAGUUAGUAGAUUUUUAAAUUGUUGUUGCAGUGUUUUUGUAAAUAUUAUUUUGUUGUUUGUUGUACAUCCACGAACCGAUGGCGGCCGAAGAUGACUUGAGAGAGUAAAUUGAAAAAAAAAUGCAAAACCUCUUCGUGCUUUCACAUUUUUUCAUCGGGGUGGUGGAUAGUGUAACCGUUUGGUUACAAAUUGUUGAUUUUUGUUUUGUAAAAUGUUGUAAGUGUCGGACCCUUCACGUUUCUUGUGUAAUAACAGUAGAGUACCACAGUAGUGAUAGGGUCCCGUACCGCUGUAUUUUGUUGGUUGCUACCAAUGUUGGAACAUGGCUGGUGAAAUGAGCGAUAAAGGCAGUAAUGAGAAUGAUGAAAAGGGAGAAAAUUAGGAUGAACGGCCAUUGCCUAAAUUCGGUCACUUUAGUACCAGGCGUCCGUGUGCAUAUGACGUGAUUUUUAACAGUGCAGUGGUUAAAAAGAACGAAGAACCCCCCCCCCCCCCUUCUUUCUAGCAGGAGCUAGGUUUUUAUGUUUGGGGAUAACACCGU